UUCCUGUCUUUCCCGGUAUAGCUCACUCUUGCUAUGCUCCUAUGCCGCCAUAUGCUCUGUAAUCGUCUGUAUUGGUGUGUUUUUCGUUCGUACUCGUUCUCGUAACGCAGAAGCUUUUGAAGCCACGGACGAAGGAGAAUCGCUGGAUGAAGACUCGGGAGUGAGAACUCAGAGCUACGGACGGACCAUCACCAUCGACUACAUGGAGGACUACGGAAUGCUUUGGUGUUGGUACUACGAGUGGUGUGGAGGGAGAAGCAGGGAAUGAAAGAACUCCAUACAAUACAAGAAGGGAAGCUGGCGAAGGAGGAGUAGUAUUUGGUGGAGGAGAGAGAACAAGAAGGAAAAGAAGAAGAAGAAGAAGUGGAAGGAGACAGAGAGGGAGGAGGAGGAGGGCGUGAGCGAACCGCAAAUGAGUCUUCAGUCACCGGAUGGUUCUCAAAUAGCAAAGAGUUCUCUCAAAACAAGUAGCUCAUGUUGGACGAUAUUGGUGGGUGAGCGACGGAAAGAAACAAAAAAACGCCCCAAAAGAGUGAGGAGACGAGGAGCAUUUCCAGUUUUCUAGUUCUAAGGUGAAAUCCCAGCAGAAGAAACAGAAACAAAAGAGAAUGUCCAUCAUGGGUAAUUCGCAUGACGAUUAAAGUGUUCCAAAGUUCAAGUGUUGGGAAAUUGUGAAGUGAGUGUUGUUUCGCCAUGGGUUACACCCCCAAGACCCGGGUCAUCAUCCAUGGAUCAACUCUGGGCAUCCUCAUGAUCACUUUGAUCCUUUUAGGUCAAAACGACUUAGCUCAAGGGAUUCGUUUACAAGAGAAAGUUUGCAUUGGAACGAGCGGCCGGAUGUCGGUGCCGAAUAAUCGCGAGCAUCACUAUCGCAAUCUCCGGGAUCGAUACACGAAUUGCACGUACGUGGACGGCAAUCUGGAGCUCACUUGGCUUCAGGAUGAGAAUCUGGACCUGAGCUUCCUCCAGCACAUCCGUGAGGUCACUGGCUACGUUCUCAUCUCCCAUGUGGAUGUCACCCGGAUCGUGUUGCCAUCGCUUCAGAUUAUUCGAGGCCGAACUCUGUUCAAGCUUAGCGUUCAAGAGGACGAAUUUGCCCUUAUUGUCACGUUGUCGAAAAUGCACAAUCUGGAGUUGCCGGCUUUAAGAGAUAUUCUCGAUGGAAGCGUCGGGAUCAUGAACAACUACAACCUCUGCCACAUCAAGACCAUUGAAUGGAAGGAGAUCAUCACCGGGCAGAAUGCCAAGUACUUGUAUGUGUACAAAUUCGCUGAGCCUGAACGGGAUUGUACCCCGUGUCACGAAUCGUGUCAAGCCGGGUGUUGGGGCGAAGGACCGCACAAUUGCCAAAAGUUCUCCAAGAUCAAUUGCAGUCCUCAAUGCCACGGAGGGCGUUGCUUUGGACCCAAACCCAGAGAGUGCUGUCAUCUGUUUUGCGCCGGAGGAUGUACCGGACCCAAACAAUCCGAUUGUCUCGCAUGUCGGAAUUUUUACGAUGAUGGGGUUUGCAAACAAGAAUGUCCACCCAUGCAAAGAUACAACCCGAUCAAGUACAAAUGGGAGCGGAACCCGGAUGGAAAAUACGCUUACGGAGCCACCUGUGUCAAAGAUUGUCCCAAGCAUCUCCUCAAGGAUAAUGGGGCUUGUGUUAGGGCGUGUCCGCCCAAGAAAAAGAACGAAAAUGGAGAAUGUGUUCCUUGUGAAGGACCUUGUCCCAAGACAUGUCAUUUCUCCGAUACCAUUCACGCUGGGAACAUCAACUUGCUUCAAAAUUGCACCGUCAUCGAAGGAUCUCUGACGAUCUUGGAUUCGAGUUUCCACGGGUUCCAACAAAUUUACGACAAUUUCACCUUCGGUCCCCGAUAUCCCGCUUUGGAUCCGGCCAAAUUGGAUGUUCUCUCCACUUUGAGAGAGGUCACCGGCUAUUUGAACAUCCAGGCUCAUCAUCCGAACUUUAAAAACUUGGAUGCCUUCCGGAACUUGGAGAUCGUCGGAGGACGCACUCUGACGGAGUACUUCUCCUCACUCUACGUGGUGAAGACGUCGUUGACGUCUCUGAAUUUAAAGUCCUUGAGAAAGAUCCGAUCGGGCAGCGUGGCCAUCCUGGAGAACCAAGAUUUAUGUUUUGCCUCGAAAAUCAAGUGGCAGAAGAUCAUGAAAUCCCCGUCCCACAAUACCCUCCUCCAGAACAACAAGGACCCGCAAAUGUGCAUUACCCAAGGGUUCGACUGCGAUCGGCAAUGUUCCGCUGAAGGCUGUUGGGGUCCCGGAAACAAAUUGUGUCUCUCGUGUAAGAACUAUCAAGUCGAAGAUGAAUGUGUGGCCAGUUGUGACCCCAAUCUGGGCAUGUUCCGCUCUGGGGAGAAUGAGUGCAUGAAAUGUGACGCCCAAUGCGAGCUCACUUGUACCGGAUCUGGACCUGGCAAGUGCGAUCGAUGUAGGACCACCAAAGACGGCCCAUUCUGCGUGGACAAGUGUCCGGCUGGUAAAUACGACGAUAGAGCCAUUGGCGAAUGUCGAGAGUGCCAUUCCAAUUGUGUGGGUGGUUGCAAUGGGCCUGAGAACACGGUCGGUCCCAAUGGUUGCAACUCGUGUGAGAAAGCCAUCUUGAACACCGAUCUAGAAGUGGUCCGAUGUCUGAAAGAGGCCGAUAGCUGCCCCGAUGGCUAUUUCUACGAGUGGGUCGUCCCACAAGUGGAAGGCAAGCUCCAAUCCUUGUCUGGAAAGGCCAUCUGUCGACCUUGCCAUCCUCUGUGCAAGAGGUGCAACGGCUAUGGAUUCCACCAGGACGUGUGCCACGAGUGCUAUGCUUUUGAGCAAGAUGAGCAAUGUGUGACCGAGUGUUCUAGCGACUACUUUGCUGAUCAACAGAACAAAAAGUGCAAACCGUGUGCCAAUGAAUGUCGAGGAUGCUAUGGUCCAUCUGUGGCCCAAUGUCACAGUUGCAAAAACUACAAAUUGUUCCCCGAAGGUGCCGAUCCUCAUGACAACACCACUGCCUUCAGUUGUACGAAGACGUGUCCGGACGAGACCCCGCACAAGAUCUUCACGGACCAGGGUGAAGAACCGUAUUGCUCGGUCACCCCCAAUCACAUGGCUCAGGCUGUUUUGAGCAAUGCCAAUUCGCUCUCGGCCAUCAUUGGCGGCGUUGUGGGAUGUAUUCUGUUGUUUGGGAUCUUCAUCGUGGUGUUUGGCUACCAAUGGCGACAAAGAGCACGAGCCAAAGAGAACACGGCCAAGAUGACCAUGGUGAUGACCGGAUAUGAAGAUAGCGAGCCUCUCCGACCCACCAAUAUCAAACCGAACUUGGCCAAGCUGAAGAUUGUUCGCGAGCAAGAACUUCGGAAGGGUGGAAUCCUGGGAUAUGGUGCUUUUGGAACGGUCUAUAAAGGUGUAUGGGUGCCUGAAGGAGAAAACGUCAAGAUCCCCGUGGCUGUUAAGGUGCUCCGAGAGGGAACUGGAACCAGUGCCAACAAAGAGAUCCUCGAGGAAGCCUACAUCAUGGCGAGUGUGGAGCAUCCCAAUCUGCUUCAACUUUUGGCCGUAUGCAUGACCAGCCAAAUGAUGCUGGUCACUCAACUCAUGCCCUUGGGCUGUCUUUUGGACUAUGUUCGGAACAACAAGGACAAGAUUGGCUCGAAGCCGCUCCUGAAUUGGUGCACUCAAAUUGCUCGAGGAAUGGCGUACCUCGAGGAGCGUCGCUUGGUUCAUCGCGAUUUGGCUGCCCGAAAUGUCUUGGUUCAAACACCCUCAUGUGUGAAGAUCACCGAUUUUGGCCUCGCCAAGCUCUUGGACAUCAACGAGGACGAAUACAAGGCCGCGGGGGGCAAGAUGCCCAUUAAAUGGCUCGCUCUCGAGUGCAUCCAGCAUCGAAUUUUCAAUCACAAAUCGGACGUGUGGGCGUUUGGCGUGACCGUGUGGGAGUUGCUAACUUAUGGUGAGCGACCUUACGAUAACAUUCCUGCGCGAGAGGUUCCGGAUCUCUUAGAAAAAGGAGAACGACUCCGACAACCUGUCAUCUGCUCGUUGGAGGUGUACAUGAUACUCAUCAAAUGCUGGCAAGUAGAUGCGGAUGCCCGACCCAAUUUCACCGAUCUGGCCAAGGAGUUUGCCAAGAUGGCUCAAGAUCCGGGUCGUUAUUUGGUUAUCCCGGGGGAUAAACUCAUGCGUCUGCCUUCGUACACCACUCAAGACGAGAAAGAGCUCAUUCGGAACAUAUCGUCCAAUCUGGGGGGAUCCGAAAUGGUCAUGGCGGCAGAAGAGUAUCUGAAUCCCGGACGAAUGCCGUCCCAACACACCCUUCACACGCCAGUGGACACACCUCUUCCCACCACACCCACUCAAAAAUUCUUCCCACCCAACUUUCCUCCCCCGUCGUAUCACGAUUCUCUUCGAGGAGUGAGUGGGAACCGCCCCACCCGUUAUGGAUCUCAUCACACGGUGCACGAAGGUCCCGGAGCCAGUGGUGGGUUCAACACUCUCGGCACUCGAAGCCUUCGCUAUGGUUCAAAUUUUUUCUCUGCUAGCUGUGAUCCUUUAAAGUUAUUAGAGGACGACAAUGCCUCGUCCAUGCCCAACGGAUACCCAUCCGCCAACACCCUCCACAGUCAGAAGUCGUUGUCACAUCAGGGCAUGAACACGGCCUCGCGUCGCGGAAUGGCCGCAGCGGCCGGCCUUCGCCUUGAAUUGCCCGUGGAUGAAGAGGACUAUCUCGUCCCUUCCCCCCAAUCGCCGGCUGCCAAUUCAGCCCAAGGCCCGAAUAAUCACACCCCAACCUUGAACAACAAUGUCAAUGCGUACAUGGACCUGUUGUCCGGCGGGAGCGCCGAGAACGGCAAUGGUAAAUCAGCCAGCAACCCCAGCAACUCAACCAACACUAACACGAGCAAUUCAAAUACCAUGUUCCCUUAUCCACCCCCGCAAGGUUACUUUCUGACAGAUAAUCCAUCCAAUUACGGCCGUGUACCGGAUUUCACGCCGUUUGCCAACACUGGUCUCGUGUCCAUGGACAACCCCGAAUACAUUCUGAACGAGCAUCGCAACAAGAGCAAUCGCGGCAACUACCACACCCUCGGGAUCCCACUAGUCAAUGGCGGAUCUCCUGGGCCCUCCUCCAUUCAGUCCGCACCGGGUGGAAAUGGCAAUAAUCCACCUUACACCAGUCUCCCCGGAGGCAACCCCCGCAAUGGCUACUCGUCCGUACCUCCCGGCACCACCAGUGGCUUAAACGGUGUCAUCAAUGGUAUGGCGCCGGGUGUGCCGCGCACGCCCGGCGUGAGCUCGCACCCGCGAUCAUCGGCGGGAGAAGAGAGCGAUGAACACGAGUAUUACAACGACUUUGAUCGACUUAAACGGGAGAUGCAACCGCUCCAUCCGAACCGGACCUCGACUGCCUCGUCCUCGAAUGGGUCGGUGGUGACGGCCAAUUUAGCCAAUGGACCACCGGGAAUGCUGAGCUUGAAUCCAGCCUCGUCGAACAUUAACAAACACGAAACGACCGUCUGAUAUUGGGACAGAGUGCCAAGACAAAAAACAACCCAGAGCUUCUCAUGCGAUUUCAUAUUCAAGUGACUGUGAUAUCUAUUCCUGCUACUAUUGCUACUACUACAACUGUUAGUACUUCAACAAUAACUUGGUGUAUUGCCGAGUCUAUUAGCCCGAUACAUCUCUUUAUAUUCUAAAUGUAUUAGUCUCACUUUCAAGAACGAACGAACAAACAAGGCAAAUGAUGAUGCUCAAAAACACGAUCACGAUCUUCCUGUUUGUGGACCAAGAAAAGGAGUAAUAGCCAAUGUCAAAACACAAAGCACAAAACAAAAUUGCGCUAAUAUUCCUUGAUUUCAAAAUUUCCUCCUGAAUGGAUGGCAAUGAUAGAUUUUUUUUGCUCGUGUAUAACUAGAUGUAUUUCUUCUCGUAUUUGCUCGGUUUCUCAACCCCUACGUGCCAUUUCCAAUUGGUCCCACACAUGUGUGUGUUUUGGAUCAUUUAAACUAAAACAAUAAGAAUCGGGUUGGGCCCAGAAGCUGACAGUAGCAUCAACCUUAUUUUUACUAUCAUUUAAUCUACAUUGAAAAUGUGGAUUGUUUCAUUUGUCAUUUUCAUUAUUAUAAGAUUGUGAAAAACAGAAAUAAAUAUUUCAUCCCGAAAGA